AUGAAUGCUUUUUAUGGUCAUAGUCCACAAAUUAGACUAAUUGUUUUUUUAACAGACGAUUCAGCUGCAGAACAUAAUGCAUUAGAGCUUUGUUGGCCAAAUGAAGAUCAUGCACCUAUUAUGGAGAAAAUGAAGAAAAUCUUAUAUGUGUCAUCAGAUUCAGAAAUGAAUGCACAUUGUGAAGAAUUUGAACAAACUACAAAAACACUUUGA